GACGGAUAUACGAUGUCUAUCUAGUCUAUGGUUUGUCGGUUUCUCUAACAAACUUGGCAGUUUUUCGACCUGCCCGCAAUGACAGCGUGUAAACCCCACCCAUUCAGUUUUGAUUAACCACCCUCAUUCUCUGUCUUGAUUUGCUUUCGCUCUGUCAGUGACUUUUCCUCCCAAGUGUAGCCAGCAACAAGGUAGUGAGUGUACAUCACACCCGGGCUGACGCGUGAUUACCAAGGGGAAAAAAUUAAACGGGGCGAUAAACGCACGAAACAUUCAAGGCAAUUCCCCAUUUGUUGUCAGCGAGCGUUUAAAUCUACCUACAUUUUUGGAGGAUGAUACCACAAUGAAGAACGUUAGCCAAAUUGGGCGUUUUAGCUAGCUAAGUGUCAUAUGGCUAGCUAGCCUUCCUAGCUAUAUAUUUUAGCCAGCUAUCUAAUGUUAGCCAUACUUGUUAGCUAGGUGGUCACGGCUAGCAAAUACAACACAAUCUAGCUACAGUAGCUUGCUAGAUAAAGCGAGUAUUAUUAUUUUUAUAUUCGUGUUUUGCCGUUUGACAGCUAGUUAGCAAUUUAGUUAGCUAGCUGAUGGACAGUUUCACAGAGGCUCUUUGUCACUACUCGGACGUUUAAUGGUCUUGGUUCUGGGGCGGCUAGACGUAGCAUGAGACUGUACAGAUGUGGCAGCCAAGUUUGUCCCGUUGUCUCCGGGUCUUGGGUUGGUAAGCACACGGCAAUUUAAAUGCGUUGGAAGAGUCGUUGCUAGAGAACUACGACAUUUUAGUUGGAGAGGUAUUGGUCAUUUUUGGACUGAAACGCUAACUAGCCUGUUGACUGUGAAGAGCAAGCUAGCUAUUGUCGCUGGCUAGGUGCUAUCGAGUUUAACUGGGCCAUAUUAGCUAGUUGUAUCUGCCUUGACUAGAGACUUACAAGCUGUCAAAUAUUUGGUGUAACUGUCCAAUGCUAACUCGCGCAAAGGCGUCCUCAAGAGGCCAAACUUCGUAGCUAGCUGGCUACAUUUGUUGCAUCCACACCCCUCAUUUAUUUUUAUCCUUGGACUGUCCAUUCGGAUUUACAAAGGGGAUUGGGAUAAUUAUUUGCUAUUAAGUGUGAGGUCUGGGCGCCGCAUUCAAGUCUGGCGUUUAAAUACUGCGGUGAUGACUUUAGAAUCCAUGAUGGGCUGUUGCCUGAGCGAGGAGGCGAAGGAGUCCAAACGAAUCAACGCCGAGAUCGAUAAGCAGCUCCGUCGAGACAAGCGAGACGCGAGGAGGGAACUUAAACUUCUUUUGUUGGGCACUGGCGAAAGCGGCAAGAGCACCUUCAUCAAACAGAUGCGCAUCAUCCACGGGACGGGCUACACUGACGAGGACAAAAGAGGCUUCACCAAACUGGUGUAUCAGAACAUCUUCACCUCCAUGCAGUCCAUGAUCCGGGCCUCUGAGACCCUCAAGAUCCAGUACAAGUAUGAACAGAACAAGUCCAAUGCGCUGCUGGUGCGCGAGGUGGACGUGGAGAAGGUGUGUUCUUUUGAACAGCCCUACAUCAGUGCAAUAAAGAUGCUGUGGACAGACCCUGGCAUCCAGGAGGCCUAUGACCGUAGGCGUGAAUAUCAGCUCUCGGACUCCACCAAAUAUUACCUUACAAAUUUAGAGCGAAUAGUGACCGCGGGGUACGUGCCCACUCAGCAGGAUGUGCUGCGGGUUCGAGUGCCCACUACUGGCAUCAUUGAGUACCCUUUUGACCUGGAGAAUGUAAUCUUCAGGAUGGUGGAUGUAGGGGGUCAGAGGUCAGAGAGGAGGAAGUGGAUCCACUGCUUUGAGAACGUCACGUCCAUCAUGUUCCUGGUGGCCCUCAGCGAGUAUGACCAGGUCUUGGUUGAGUCUGACAACGAGAAUCGGAUGGAGGAGAGUAAGGCUUUGUUCCGGACCAUCAUCACAUAUCCCUGGUUCCAGAACUCCUCAGUCAUCCUGUUCCUCAACAAGAAGGACCUCUUAGAGGAGAAGAUAAUCUACUCCCACCUGGUUGACUACUUCCCUGAGUUUGAUGGUCCGCAGAGAGACGCCCAGGCGGGCCGGGAGUUUAUCCUGAAGAUGUUUGUGGACUUGAACCCGGACAGCGACAAGAUCAUCUACUCCCACUUCACCUGCGCCACGGACACCGAGAACAUCCGCUUUGUGUUCGCCGCUGUCAAAGACACCAUCCUGCAGCUCAACCUCAAAGAGUACAACCUGGUGUGAGAGAGCAAGAGAGAGACCUGCAGCCCACGCACAGCAGAGUGCACAUCUAUACACCAACUAAUUAAACAGUACACAGGUCUGCACUAAAAUACGCAUGUGAACACAUGCACCAAUACAAACACACACACACACUCUUAAUAGAUCCCAGGCUCUAUCCACCCAUGGCCCCAACAUCCUCCUGCUCCUUGUCUAUGGUUUAAUUGGGUGUGUUUUUUUCAGUUCCAGUCAUUCCCUCCCAUUCCUCUCUUCCUAUUGCAGCCCAUGCACACGCACGCACGCACAUCUGCUCCAAGGCUGCCAUGACCUGCCUGGGUGGUUGACAGGUCUCAUUUGUCACCCGAUGUGGCUCAGGCCUCUGGGUCACCCCUCUUAAAGGAGCGUUGGGGGGGGGUGUUUAGAGGUCUGUUUUGAUUUGGUGGCUUGUGUGCUGGUGUGAUUUAAAGGAAGGAAAGCAGAGGUUUUGGAGAACAGGAAAAAGCCGGUGUCGUCGUCCCCUUCACCCUCUGCCUACAGGGUAGGAGUGGGGGCUGGGGACCCACCAGUCUGCAGGGGGUUGUGGGUAACUGCAUAGAAUUGAAUCAGAGGAGUGCUGAUGUGUGUUGGGAAGCUCUACUCUACAUGGUCUUUUGAGGUGUGUGGAAAAAAAUACACCUCCCCCAGACUGGAAGACACCUUGCACUGUUGAAUGUAAAAAGUGUGUGUGUAAUACAAGCAAGUGGAUGCUCACACACAGACAGAGCAAGGAUGGGAGAGAUGAAGUAAAUUGAUCUGUGUAUAUUAAGAAUUGUUUUAGUUUAUUGAUUACUACAAUUGCUUCUACCGCUUUUCAGCUAACUUAAGUCACAAGUUGGUCCUCGACACACAAUGUCAGUGCAGCUUCUUUUUGAAAAGGCAUUGGAUAUUUGUUUCCUUUUUGGCCAAUAUUUUGAGAAACAGUAGUGAUUAUUAAAAGUAAAUAGUAUUUUUUUUUAAUUUGUCUAAUUUAUGGACCAGAUCUUUAGAUGUUGUUGUUGGUCUGACUUUUCCUCCCUGCUUCCAUCCAGGUGUCUCCAUCAGAUGGGGAGGGGGAGGGUUCAUACUGCUGUAAAACAUGUUUCAUCUGCAAGUCAUCUACCUUUCGUUAGAGACUUCAUACUUUGUUGCCGUUCUGUUCCGUUUCAAUUUUGAAAUGCUUGAGAAGAUGAAUUUCCAUUUAGGGUUGGCGCUUUAUGCAAAUAGUAAAAUAAAAAAGACACUUAUCAGUGGUUGAAGUUCUAACUGUUCCAUGCUUGCAUUUUUGUAAUUUAAGAUUUUUGUUUGGUUUUCUUUUUUAUCCCAUAUCUUAUCUGUUGCUUGGUUAGAGUUCUUAAGAUUCCAUAGCUAACAAUGUCAAUCGAUUUGAUAUUUUGUUUUCGCAAAAUCAUUCAGGUGAGUUUUCAUUACUAGGGCUACUACUAGCAAAAUUGACAGAAUGAAAUGACUAUAUGGAUGAUAGUGCAAUUAAAGUGGUUGGGGUGUGUUGAUGCCAGAUGGAAGGCUAAUGCUACAGGUUCAGAGUGCGAACUGUCCAGGGACACCAGUUAGUAUUGGAGGAUGACUUCUGCUGGAUAUUUGCCUGUAAACUUUUAACAGCCCGUUUGGGCCCAGAGCAGAGCCUAGUAAAACCACAAGGUGAUGGGGGUCACACAGCUGCCUCUCUCAGCCAAUCUUCAGUGUGCUCUUCCUUUUCUACCUGCCACUCAUGCCACGAAUGAUGUCUUCUUCAGCGUGACUUUACUCCAUUGUUGUGGGUAGUUAGUUUUACAUCCCCUGCUAAUCAUGUUUCUAUGCUUCACCUUUUGUACCCUAAGAAUGACCAUGACUGGGAUUGGACAGGGGUAUUUUGUAGAAAAACAUUUGAUUGCCACAGUGCUAUUUGCACUCCAACGAGCUUUGGGUUAGAAUGGUCAGGUGAAACUAAACAGAAAAACUUUAGUUAUCAUCAUGGCAUACUUGUUGUUCAUAUCUUGUAUGUUUGGUGCCAAAAAUAAUGGCCGAAAGGGAUGUAGGGUGCCCAAGUAUUUCUCAUUCUACAUGGCAAGCAAUUACCCUGCCAAGUUAUCUGUGCUCUGUUUAAGCUCUAGCUGUGCAUUUACAAGUAUAUUGAACUGCAACCUAGGGAUAUCCUGAGUAUACUUCUCAGUCCCCUUUACUAAUAUGUCCACUGUAUACUAGCCUGGCUGAAAGAUUCAACUUUUACCUUCCCUAUACAUUGCCUCAUAACAUAAACACCAGGGUUGGUGUAACUAAUGGAGAUUUCUAUAAAAAAAAAAUAUUUUGGAAAGGUUUUAUUGUCACAUUUCCUUUUAAAACAGCUCAUUUAUAUAUUUACAAUUUAUACACACAAAAACUGCAUAAAAACAGCAUUUGAAUAUUACAUUAAAUUUGUUAAAAAGUACAUGUUAACAACAAUAGAAACAACCAUGAAUAAAAGUACUUUUCCUUGUAAAAACAUAAAAUUAUGUAAAAGCCAUUUAAAAUGUGUACAAAUGAUUUAUCAAGGUAACCAUUUUUAAGACAUGACAAUAUGUUAAGUCACUUUGUUAAAAGGCAGUUUUCAGUCCUUUGGACAGGAAUGGGGUGAGUCCUUAUCAAACUCGCCUCCUCCUAUAAAUGUUGCUUUUACUGGAGGUGGAAAGUAUUACGUUACAAAAGUUUUAAACAUGUUGGACAUUUUGUAAUGCCUUGUCAUUUGGCCAAGCCAUGGGUGGAUGCAUUUGAAGGCCUUUCUUUGUUAAUUAAUUUUCCCACAGCCAAUACUUUAUAUACCACAUUAUUUGUGAAGUGUACGUACAAAGCAGAAAUAUGAAUGCUUCCUGUGCAACUGCAGAUGAGGCUUUUGACUUUAUUCGAAAUUUGAAAAUUAGAUUUUUGUUCGUGAUUGCAUUUGCCAGAAUGGAUGAUCUUGGUUGAUCUUGUUGAGCUUGUGGGCAAGUUGUCAGUUCUCUCUCAGGAGUACGAAGGUCUCUUGUCAGAGCAGGCUGGACUGAGAUGUUGCCUCUGGUACUUUAGAUCUCCACCAACACGGCAGCUUGUUUUUGAAUUGUUUGUGGUUACAGCUUCUCUGCUGCUCUGUUACCUCAAGAAGCACAGUCAUCCCCUUUUGACCUGUGGUUUACUUGCAUAGGUAGAGUAGGGUUUAGUUCUUCUCAUGCUGGGCUCUUUUCAUGCGUGUAACCCCCCAAUAAGUGAUUGUGCUUUUCUUUUGUUUCAUUGUACUCUCUUUCCUGUAGGCAUCUGCAUCAGCUUGUGGGUUUGAGGUGUAUGAUGUGCUGUAUGGUUGCUCAGCCCCCCCCCCAAAAAAGGUCCAGUGCAGGCCUCCCUCCCUGCUGUUUCUAAAUAUGGGCAUACAGUCAGUGUGUCGGUUUACACAAAGUACCCUGGUUUUCACCACAUGGACUAUGGACAGUGUGUUGUAUGUAGCUCAGUGUUAUGUCCACCCUGUAUAGCACACUAAUUGAACAUCACAAUAACUAGUAAGAGAAGUACUGUCAGCAUUAAAACCAGCACUGUGGGGUUUGUUGAAGGGAUACACUACUAGAAGCAAGUUCGUGCCAUAGACUGAAUAGCAUUCUAUACAAACAGUUGCGACCACUCUUCCAGACAGUUCCCCUUGAAAUAAGCCUGUUAUACUUCAGCUUUAUUUAUUGUAAUACUUUGCCAAGUGAAGGUACCGAAAGGGCAAUAUAGUAUAGCAGUUGGAUUAAUCGGUGAAUUAAUUAAUAUAGUGUUGUUUUAGAAUGUCAGCUGUUCUCUCCCCUUACUUGAUCUAUUUUAUUUCUUCCGGGUCAAUGCACUGAACCUGCUCUGCAGCAAUGGGACUGCCUGCAUUCAUGCAACUUACAAGCACGUUUGUCGGUACUAUGAGAUGUGUAUACACUUGAUGGUUAAUGCUUUUGCUUGAGAUCGAUACUGAUGUGAUUGAUGCAUAGAAAAACUAAAAGCUAUCUUUGCAUCUUUUUGUUUCUUUUGUAAGUCAGACGUUACCUGAACACUUGUAUUUAGGACCACUUAAUAUGAUCGAUUUUUUUUUUUAAAUAAGAGGUUAAAUAAACUUUGUCUAGUGGUGUGUAAAUUUAAAGUAAUGUGUUUUCGUUUCUUUUUUAAGUAUAACAAAUGUAAAUUAUGUACAAUAAUGAGUGUGCCAAUCCCCUUUCUUUGUAGAGCCAGACUCUAAACAAGUGCCAAUGUGAAAAAUCCUAAAAGGGACCUAUGUAUUUCAUGGUCAAAUUUUUAAAACGAACACUAAGUAUGUGAUUAAGAUAAAUAAAUGAAAAUGAAUGAAAAAUGACAACUUUAUUCUGUAUUUAGGAUUAAUGAUGAACUGCUGUUUUUAAAUGUAAUGUUAAUUGCAUGUGUUUGUUGGGGUGGAAGGGGAGGAAACGGUAUUAAUGCAAAGCCCUCCAGAAAAGGGUCCUAAUGGUUAUUGAUUUACAGUAUUUUAGCCAUAUUUCUCUUUUGUAUGUUUCAUUUCAACCACUGUUGCCUGAACCUCAUUCAAACAUGAAAAUGAUUUUCAUAGCCUUCUCCUUCAAAGAAUAAUUAUCUGUUUUCAAUUGGAAUAAAAUGUGUUCCUAUACUC